GAGAGAGAGAGAGAGAGAGAGAGAGAGCGAGAGAGAGAGAGAGAGAGAGAGAGAGAGAGAGAGAGAGGCGAGCAGUAGCGAGCGGACGGGUGGAUGACUACAGACCAUCAGGAUGCGUGAAUACAAACUGGUUGUUUUAGGAUCAGGAGGCGUCGGGAAGUCGGCUCUGACGGUUCAGUUUGUUCAGGGAAUCUUUGUGGAGAAGUACGACCCGACGAUAGAAGACUCCUACAGGAAGCAAGUGGAGGUGGACGGACAGCAGUGCAUGCUGGAGAUCCUGGACACAGCAGGAACAGAGCAGUUCACGGCCAUGAGGGACCUGUACAUGAAGAACGGCCAGGGCUUCGCUCUGGUCUACUCCAUCACGGCUCAGUCCACCUUCAACGACCUGCAGGACCUCCGAGAGCAGAUCCUCAGAGUCAAAGACACCGAAGACGUCCCGAUGAUCCUGGUGGGGAAUAAAUGUGACCUGGAGGUGGAGCGGGUGGUGGGCAAAGACUCGGGCAUCAACCUGGCCCGCCAGUGGAACUCCUGCGCCUUCCUGGAAACCUCGGCCAAGAGCAAGAUCAACGUGAACGAGAUCUUCUACGACCUGGUCCGGCAGAUUAACAGGAAGAGUCCGGUUCCAGGAAAAGCCCGCAAAAAGUCCACCUGUCAGCUUCUCUAAUGACGGUUUUCAGCUCACCUGACCGACAACAAACCAACAAUCCAACCAAUCACAGGACAUCUUCCAGCUGGCCACGCCCCCUUUAACACCUUGUCAUUCUCAACAUCCUCUGACCUCUGUUAUCGUGAAACCAAACACCAAAA